AUGGAUGAAAUUGAUCUAUACAGAGCAAGCAACAGUUCAAGAGCAAACAGUACUUCAAUUUGGAGAAAUAGUGGUGCAGAUAUUUUCUCACGAUCAUCUACAAGAGAUGAUUAUGAUGAUGAAGAAGCUCUUAAGUGGGCUGCUCUUCAAAAACUUGCUACUUAUAAUCGUUUAAAGAAAGGCCUUUUAGUUAAGGCCAAUAGUUAUGGUGUAAAUGGCAUUAGCGAAGUUGAUAUACAGAAUCUUGAUGUUCAAGAGAAAAAGGAGUUACUAGACAGACUAAUAAAAGAUUCUGAAGGUGGUAACGAAAAUUUCUUGCUCAAACUCAGAAAAAGACUUGACAGGGUUGGGAUUGAUUUACCAAAAAUCGAGGUUAGAUUUCAGCAGUUGAAAAUUGAUGCGAAAGUUUAUGUAGGAAGCAGGGCUUUACCAAGUUUUCUGAAUUCUGUGUGGAAUAUGUUGGAGGGCUUCUUGAACUGCCUCCACAUACUACCAGAUAGAAAGAAGAAUUUGUCUAUACUUCGUGAUGUUAGUGGAAUAAUCAGGCCUGGCAGAAUGACAUUGCUAUUAGGCCCACCAAGUUCUGGCAAGACAACGCUGCUAUUGGCUUUGUCUGGAAAGCUUGAUCCUAAUCUUAAAGUUUCCGGGAAGGUGACUUACAAUGGUCACGGAAUGAACGAAUUUGUACCCAACAGGACGGCUGCAUAUAUCAGUCAAAAUGAUUGCCAUAUCGGAGAACUGACAGUGAAAGAAACCUUGGCUUUCUCUGCUAGGUGCCAGGGAGUUGGAUUUCGAUAUGAGAUGUUGGCUGAACUCUCGAGAAGAGAGAAAGAGGCAAACAUUAAGCCAGACCCUGAUAUUGAUCUCUAUAUGAAGGCUGCUGCAAUUGAAGGACAAGAGGCUAGCGUGGUCACUGAUUACGUUCUAAAGCUUUUGGGACUAGACAUAUGUGCAGAUACAGUGGUGGGAAGUGAUAUGAUGAGGGGUAUCUCCGGAGGGCAAAAGAAGCGUGUUACUACAGGCGAGAUGUUAGUUGGACCAUCAAACGCACUUUUUAUGGAUGAGAUAUCUACUGGUUUGGAUAGUUCAACCACAUAUCAGAUUGUAAAUUCACUGCGUCACACUGUCCAUAUUCUUCAAGGAACUGCAGUCAUCUCCCUUUUGCAGCCAGCCCCUGAGACCUAUAAUCUAUUUGAUGAUAUUAUCCUACUAUCUGAUGGCCAUAUAGUUUACCAAGGUCCUCGUGAAUAUGUGCUUGAGUUUUUUGAAUCCAUGGGUUUCAAGUGUCCAGAGAGGAAAGGAGUUGCAGACUUCUUGCAGGAAGUAACAUCAAAACAAGAUCAGGAACAAUACUGGAUGCGUCAAGAUAAGCCUUACAGAUUUGUUACGGCCCAAAAAUUUUCCAAUGCUUACCUAGCAUUCCAUGUGGGCCGAAGAAUGAGAGCUGAUCUUAGAACUCCAUUCGACAAGAGCAAAAGCCACCCAGCUGCUUUGACUACUAAUAAGUUUGGAGUUAAAAAGAUGGAACUCUUAAAGGCAUGCACCUCAAGAGAAAUAUUACUUAUGAAACGGAACUCAUUUGUCUACAUCUUCAAAUCGACCCAGUUUUUGAUAAUGGCGUUGAUUACCAUAGCACUCUUCCCGAGAACUAUUAUGCACAGAGAUUCAGUAAAUGAUGGAGUCUUGUACAUGGGGGCAUUGUUUUAUGCGGUUAUGUCAAUUAUGUUGAAUGGAAUUGCGGAGAUGCCUAUGACAAUUGCAAGGCUUCCUGUUUUUUACAAACAAAGGGACCUUCAGUUUCACCCCCCAUGGUCAUAUGCGCUGCCUACAUGGAUCAUCAAGAUUCCUAUUUCACUUAUUGAAGCUUUCGUGUGGGUAUUCUUGACCUACUACGUUAUUGGGUUCGACCCAAAUGUUGGAAGGUUGUUUAAACAGUACCUGCUUUUAGUACUAAUCAACCAGAUGGGUUCUGCAUUAUAUCGGUGCAUUGCAGCACUUAGUAGGAGUUUGGUUGUUGCAGGCAAGUUUGGAUCCUUUGCACUACUUAUUCUUUUUGCGCUUGGGGGCUUUGUCCUAUCACGAGUUAAUGUAAAGGUUUGGUGGAUAUGGGGUUACUGGAUUUCACCAAUGAUGUAUGGGAUGAAUGCGAUUGCAGUGAAUGAAUUUCUCGGGCACCAGUGGAAUCAUGUUCUUGCUAACACCACGGAGCCACUAGGAAUCAUAAUUUUAAAAUCAAGAGGGUUCUUCCCGUACGCAUAUUGGUAUUGGAUUGGCGUUGGGGCGUUGCUUGGAUUUAUAUUACUGUUCAAUUUAUGCUUCACAUUGGCUCUUACUUUUCUUAACCCUAUUGGGAAGCCUCAAGCUGUUAUACCAGAAGAAAGUAAAAAUAGUUCAACCAAAGAUAGAGGUGAUCAUAACAGAAGAAACUCACAUGGUUCAUCCACAACAGGAUAUAAUGGGGAGGCUAAUCAUAACAGGAGAAAAGGAAUGGUUCUACCUUUUGAACCGCACUCGAUAACAUUUGAUGACAUUACGUACUCUGUUGACAUGCCUCAGCCACUGAAAGACCAAGGCAUAACUGAGGAUAAGUUAAUGCUCCUUAAAGGUGUGAGUGGGGCUUUCAGGCCAGGUGUUCUCACUGCUUUAAUGGGUGUCAGUGGUGCUGGAAAAACAACUUUGAUGGAUGUACUGGCUGGUAGAAAAACAGGUGGAUAUAUUGAAGGUCAUAUUACAAUCUCCGGAUAUCCAAAAAAACAAGAAACUUUUGCCCGGAUAUCUGGAUACUGUGAACAGAAUGACAUUCAUUCACCUCAUGUCACUGUCUAUGAGUCCUUGCUCUACUCAGCAUGGCUGCGCCUGCCUUCAGAUGUUAAUUCUGAGCGUAAAAAGAUGUUUGUUGACGAGGUCAUGGAACUUGUCGAACUAAAAUCAUUAAGGGAUGCACUUGUUGGCCUGCCAGGUGUAAGUGGCCUAUCCACUGAGCAGCGGAAGAGACUAACUAUUGCAGUUGAGCUGGUGGCGAACCCAUCAAUAAUAUUUAUGGAUGAGCCUACAUCAGGACUGGAUGCAAGGGCUGCUGCUAUUGUUAUGAGAACAGUGAGAAACACAGUUGACACAGGAAGAACCGUCGUUUGCACCAUCCAUCAACCAAGCAUAGACAUAUUUGAAGCUUUUGAUGAGUUAUUACUGAUGAAACAAGGAGGAUUGGAGCUGUAUGUUGGACCAGUAGGAAGGCGUUCCUGCGAACUAAUCCGAUACUUUGAGGAAAUAGAAGGGAUAAGUAAAAUCAGCGAGGGAUAUAAUCCAGCCACUUGGGUGUUGGAAGUUACAAGUUCUAAGCAAGAAAUGAUUUUCGGGGUUGAUUUUACUGAAAUAUAUAGGAAUUCAGAUCUGUACAGAAGAAAUAAAUCUCUUAUAAAAGAAUUAAGUACUCCUCGUCCGGGGUCAAGCGAUCUGUCCUUCCGUACUCAGUACGCUCAAUCAUUCUUCAGCCAGUUUUUGACAUGCCUAUGGAAACAGAGAGCAUCAUAUUGGCGAAAUCCUCCCUACACUGCAGCCAGAUUUUUCUUUACAACUUUUAUCGCCGUGUUGUAUGGAACUAUAUUCUGGGAUCUUGGAUCCAAGAGGAGACAUCGACAGGAUCUUUUCAAUUCAAUGGGAUCUUUGUAUAGUUCAGUUCUCUUUAUUGGGGCCCAAAAUGCCUCAUCUGUGCAGCCGGUAGUGACUGUUGAAAGAACAGUGUUUUACAGAGAAAGAGCUGCUGGAAUGUACUCAGUCUUGUCAUAUGCAUUAGCUCAGGUGCUGGUCGAAAUACCAUACAUUCUUCUGCAAACUGUGGUAUAUGGUGUUAUAGUGUACGCAAUGAUUGGAUUUGAAUGGAAUGCGGCAAAAUUCUUUUGGUUCUUGUUCUUUAUGUUUACGACAUUAUUGUACUACACCUUCUAUGGCAUGAUGACUGUGGCUGUGACUCCCAACCCAAGCGUUGCAUCUAUUAUAGCCAGUUCAUUUUACGGAUUAUGGAAUUUGUUUGCAGGAUUUAUUGUCCCUAGACCUAGAAUGCCAAUAUGGUUGAGAUGGUAUUACUGGGCAAAUCCUGUUGCAUGGACAUUGUACGGACUCUUGGCUUCUCAGUUUGGAGAUGUCAAGGAUGUGCUGGUGGAUGAACAUGUUAGUGUCGAGGAGUUCUUGCAGACGUACUUUGGAUUUCAUCACGACUUUAUUGGAGUUGCUGCAGCUGUUGUUUCGGGUUUUGUACUUCUGUUUGCUUUUGUUUACGCCUUCUCCAUCAGAGUGCUGAACUUUCAGAACCGAUAGAUGAGGAAGAAAUCAUCCCUGUGGGUUUAUCAGUAAAGUUGGAGAAUGCAUGUAGUUGGAAGAGUAUCACCUGCCCUGGUGAAUAAGCCUGCUGCAAGGAGUCCUAUUGCACGGCGAGAUUAUGUAUUAUUUAUUACAUGCUAUUAUGGAUUAAAAUUAUUAUUAAUUAGUAAUAAGAACUUUGAAAAAAUUUAGUUU